AUGGCUGCUCGACCGAAUCAACGAAACAUCAAAUGGGUGGAGGUACGUGGCAACAUUUUCUCGGAUUUUGUCGACCGCUCGGGUGUCCCCGUGCCUGUGUCCGCCUUUGCCUUUGCAGCCACCUCCGGGUCCGGCUCCGAGUGGUCCUGCAUGGGUCUUCGAGGUGUCACAUCGGCUCUCGUUAUCACCACCCACAUUGCCCGCGCUUUGGAUUUUCCACUUUUCUGGCCAGCCGACUCUAAGGGAGAGGCUCCCAGAUUGCUGCAAUAUCCUUACCUGCGCAUCCCAUACCAAGGACGAAUUGGCGUGCCCAUCUUCGCCUUCUUGACGGGCUUUGUAUGUGCCAAUAAGCCAUUAAAGCUCGCCUACCAACAGGGCAAUGCGCCAGCUGCGCUCAAGACGAUUGCGAGGAGCGCUUUCCGGCGCCCUCCGCGCCUGAUGCUUCCAGCUCUUAUUGCCACCCUGAUCAGCUUCUUCAUGUCGGUUCUCGGUGCCUACCGGGCCGCCAACCGCUGUGACGCUUUCUGGGUGCGUUUUGAUGCGCCGGACCCAAUGCCACUGGGCGACAACAUCCGCAGACUCUUCCGCUCCUCCUUGACGACAUGGACCAACACCGAGAACGUUUAUGACCGGCAUCAGUGGGCCAUGCGCCCGCUGCUCAUCGGAGCUUUCCAAGUGUAUAUCGUGUUGGCUGCCACCAUCGGGAUGCGUUUCAAGUACCGUGUUUUGGUGCAUGUUCUCCUGAUCACGUACUGGUUGAUGAAUGUUGGACACUUGACUGAAACCUUUGGUGCAAUGCUUGCGCUUGGGACCCUUCUUGCCGAACUCUCCCAGCACCGUCCCACGCAAAACUUUAUCACCUCUCACCAGCGCCUUCUCACCUGCGUCGUUGCCCCCUUCCUGCUCUUGGUCGGUGGCUAUGUCGGCUCGUACCCGCAAGAGCAUGAGGACUGGGCUCCUUGGUCCAUGAGUCUCCACAAGUUCCUCCUGAAUCCGGUUGAUGGUCAGAACCAGGGCAGUUUCUUGGUACCUAAGGGGUCCAAUGUCCACCGACGAACAUCGGCCUUUUUCAUCAUGUGCACCUCCAUCUCCAUCUUUAUCUCGCCCUUCAUCCAGAAGCUCCUCUCGCAUCGUCUUCUGAUCUGGCUCGGACACCACUCUUUCGCUGUCUACCUCACCCACGGAACCAUCCUCCGCACUGUUGGCAUGUGGAUUGUGUAUGGGAUCACUGGAGAGCCCUGGGAACCCGCCGGUAAGAACGAAGACGGGUCCCAGAAGCAGCAGGAGUACCUCCACCCCAAGUCCCGCGCCCACAAGAUGGCCUCGAUUCUGGUUUUCACCACCCUUACGUACAUUGCCGCCUGGGCCUGGAUGAAGUACGUGGAUACGGCCUGCGCGAGAGCCACCCAGUGGCUGGAGAAGAAGGUGUUUGACGAUGACAACGAGGAAGGCAAGGCCGGCUUGGCCGAGAAGGGAUUCCUCCUCAACGGCAAUGGCACAAGCCCAGCCGACGGGGACAGGCCGAAGCAGGCCCAGUCAUAA